UCAUCUUUCCCUAUAGCUCCGUGACUGCUUUUGAAUCCAUCUGGGCAAAAUUAUUCUUGCUCGAAUUCGAUCAUUGCACGGAGAAUCACAAGCAAGUCGUUGGAAAGUUCCACUUGUGACAAUACAUACUUGCUCGCAGCAAGCUCUGUUCAUGAGAUGUGGUCGAGCUAUUCGCAUCCAGCAUGAACGCCGUUGACGGCUCUGAGCACUAUGAGAAGGACUGGAACGUACCACCUCCAUCGCUUCUGACUAUAGUCCUUGAUACAAACCCUCACGCCUGGUCCUUGCUCUCUUCGACGCUACCGCUUUCCAAGGCUAUUGCGAACAUCCUGGUAUUCAUCAAUGCUCAUCUUGCAUUCAACUACGCCAACAAGGUCGCUGUAAUCGCAAGCCACUCUCAGCGGGCGCAAUGGCUCUAUCCCACGCCGUCAAAACCACAUGGCGGGACUGCGCAUCAGGAUGCGCCCCAGCAGACCGCCAUGACUGGAGAAGAUACAGACAUUGACAUGUCUGGUACAGACGCAACGCCCGCCCCCAAGCCCAAGCUUCUUUUGCAUGGUCCGAAGCGCCAGAAUGAUGCAAACAAUGUUACAAGUGCUCCUCAGGAGGCACCUCGAAAAUCCGACGAUGCCAACAAAUACCGGCCGUUUGCGUUGGUUGAGGAUGAAGUCAUGACGAAUCUGCGCGCUCUUUUUGAUAAUACGACCGAGGCCGAUAUCAAGAAUUCCAACUACACUAUGAUGGCCGGCGCAUUGACACUGGCACUUGCAUACAUAAAUCGACAGCAGAUAGAAUAUAGUGAAACCACGGGCGGUGGUGUUCCUAGCGACCAGGCCGGCAACGACGGUCGCGAGCCCGACAAGCGGCCGACCCUACAGAGUCGGAUUUUGGUCAUAAGCGUAUCUGGCGAUUUAGCGUUUCAAUAUAUUCCUAUUAUGAAUUGCAUUUUUGCAGCUCAGCGAAAGCGCGUACCGAUUGACAUUUGCAAAAUUGCCGGCGACACUGUAUUUUUGCAGCAAGCCUCGGACGCUACCCGUGGAGUAUACAUGUCAUUGUCCAAUCCGCAAGGACUACUGCAGUAUCUCAUGAUGGCAUUUUUGCCCGACCAGACCAGCAGACGACAUCUUGUCCUCCCAACUCAAGUCAACGUCGACUUUCGCGCGGCUUGUUUCUGCCACAAGCGCGUCGUGGACAUUGGUUUCGUCUGCUCAAUCUGCCUCAGCAUAUUCUGCUCUCCUCCCGAAGGAGCCAUAUGUCUUACAUGUGGCACACAUCUCCAACUGGGCGAUUACGGCGGCAAGCCUGCCGUAGUGCCGCGGAAAAAGAAGAAGAAGAAGAACCGUCUCGUCGAUGGCUCAAGAGGCACUCCUUUAUCGACAGCCGCAACGCCAACGCCAGGCGGCACCCCAACCCCCGGGGCAUCAUAAAUGAAUAGCAUUCUUCAUUUAUUUUCAUAACCGCUUUAUACCCUCUUCUCAGCAGACCCUACAUUCUCAAUCCGAGCAACGACUUGCUCAGCCAUCUCCUUGAUUAAUAUCAUCAUGACUAAAACGAUUUUUAUCAUACACCAUGUAUUCCAAGCCUUUGUCUAUCAGAUCUCGGACUUUUACUGUCGGCCAUAUGAAUGGCAUGAUAUCAUGUACAUUUCUCUUGUUUACAUACAAAUCACUUUAGCUCUUUCUCUCCGUGAGAAUUUAGGAUUCUGGAAUCCUUGGCGAUUUUUUUUCUUUUUCCCUUUUCCUUUUUUUUUAUUGAAUUUUCCAUUCAAUUUUCCAAAUCUACUAGGCCCAGCACUUUUCCAUUGUCAAUUGCAUUUUUGCAUCGUCUUCCAAGCCCACUUUCUAUAUUCGAAAGUGCAGCACGGGAUAAAUUGUAUUAUACCAGCCAAACGAGAUUUUGACAUUCUCGUCUUCAAAAUUC